CAUGCGAAUACACCUUGUCGACGAGAUUACGAUUGAUUUAAACCUAUAGCCCGGUUUGUUGAUAGCCUUCAGAAGAGGUUUCCGUUUCGAAAGUGCUAGCUAGCCGGGAUCAGAUUUGUUUCAAAGUGGGGAAUACUAUAAAUUUGGUUUAGAAAGAUGAACACUUAAAUUCGAAGUGUAUACCAUAUCGAAUUAUUAAUAAUUACCGUACUUAUGCUUGUUGAAUCUGGACAGCAUUUAGUAGACAGAAAAAUGUCUACAUCAACUCUCAGGCAGCUUAUUGAGCAGACGAUCGAGGGUAUUCCAUGGCAGACGAAACUUCAGCCUACACUUCCGGUCGAACACGUGCCCCACGUCUUGCACGAGCCCGCCAUAUUGACUGGUUACCGGCUGACGGGGCAAUCAUGGAAAUACUACAUGUACAGUCUGUUCCAACUUCACAACGAGAGUGUGAACGUUUGGACGCAUUUGAUCGGCUGCUGCAUACUUCUUCACAAGCUUUAUGGUUAUUUCGAAGAAUUCAACCUCCACAAAGACAAAGUGCUGACGACGCUUCUUGUUUUCGGCAUUUCUUGUCUUAUCUGUCUUUUCACAAGCGCAAUGGUUCAUCUGUUACACUCGAAGUCCCCGCAUGUUCAUUUUGUAGCGUUUAUGAUUGACUACAUUGGAGCCACGAUCGCCAGUUUUGGUGCUGGAAUCGCAGGUAUCUAUGGAAAUAGCGAGAAAGCAGUGUACACCGCUUUGGAACCCUUUUACCUUCCGCUUAUGUUCGUUUCUUCUUACCUUAACUUCGUGAACUUGUGCGCCGCCAAGAUCUGGUACGGCCAUGAUCCGCAUAAUUUGAAACGGAAAUACAUGUUUAUACUUGGAAUGGGAAUUCAGGCGAUUAUUAAUAUGGCGCCAUUCGCUCCGAGAUAUGUCACGUGCUACUGUGACGCCACGUGUUCAUUGACGUCACUAAAUCUGUUGACAACAAUCCAGAUCGUUUUCAUCUUGGAGGCGCUUGCAUUCGCAGCUCACCAACCUGAGAAAACGUGGCCGGGGAAGUUUGACAUCUUUGGACACGGACAUCAGAUAUUCCACGUGCUGAUCGUAGUAAAUCACGUGCUACAAUUGGAAAGUAUUUAUAGUGAUCACGUGUCAGGAUUGACCAAUCACAGCGAGCCAGGUCUACUGACGAUCACGAUCACAAUGGUGGUGUUGUAUUUGGCAGAGGCUGUCACGUUGUACUUCAUGUGCGGACACGUGGGCAGCUGCUUGCAACGAGUGGAAGCCUUGAAUGGCAAGAAAUGCCAUUAACUAUUAUUACUGAAUUAUGGUGAACUCAUAUUCCCAUAUAUAUUGUAACAUUCAAAGUGUGAUAGAUAUAUCUCGAAAGAGUGAUAAUACUAUGUAUUAUAUUACACACGUUUGCAUGUUAUACUUUUAUUAUUAUUUUGCUUCUCCUUCAUGAAUAUUGUCAUGAGAUGAAGCAUUAUAUUAAACAACCAUACUGAUUUUUGUGUACUGCAUGUGUUAAUAAUCAGCGUAAUAUUGCAUAAACAAACCGCAAGUGUUUUGUUCCAUUUAAUUACUGAUGCAAUGCACCGCUCGAUCUAAUAUACAAGCACAACCUCGUGUGCAGCAGAAAUGUAUAAGUUUACCAUAUUAAAGACAGGUGGCCACUCUUUAUGUAAUUUUUAUUCAUGCCUUCUGAAAAAAAAGGAAUGCGAAAACGUUUUGCAUUUGCACAAACA